UAAAUCUUGAUUUUAUGAAUUGGGUGUUGUACAAGUUAAUUUUGUUCGAGGCCGGAAUCGGAUUGGCUUGGGUCUUUGAGAAUUACAGGUUACAAAGAUAGUAAGAACCUAUCUCCCAGUAACAGCUGCUGCCAAUAAGUGUACACACGUUACUCUGGUGGAAAACAGAGAGAAUAUUACCAGAGCCUGGUACCUCGUCAACAGGCAUUCCGUGAAACAAUGCAAAGAUGUCGGAUUGUCUCCGAGACACCAGUGGAUUAAAGGAUUAAUGGAUUAAAGGAGAAUAUUCGUUAUGUGAAAAAGCAUGGGGGAGGAAACAUCGAAAAUCAUGUUUAGGACAGAGAGAUAUGUUUUGACAGCCAUCUUUCUACUAUCCUUAAUGAAAGAUAGCGGCGUAAGAGCGGAAAAUAUUAUUCGUGUGGAUGCCAUGGUUGGGUAUGAAGAUACCGCCUUAGAGCUAGCUUUUAAGGAAACGAUGAAUAAAGCUCAGCAAAGCCUAUUAUACGGGAACAAAAAUCUAAAGAUCGAGGAUUUCUUCAGCAGAGUAAACUUAGAGGACAGCUAUGAAGUUUCAGGCGAAGUUUGCAAAGUGAUAUCAUUCGGAAGCGAGGUCAUAUUCGGAACACACUCUCGGUCUUCUUCGGAGUAUGUCACGUCCCUUUGUAAUCAGUUAUCGAUCCCUAACCUCCAAAUACACUGGGACUCUCGCGAGGUCGUCACCAGCACCAAGCGACCGGACAGAGAUCACAUGACCUUGAACCUUUACCCCGAUCACCAUACCCUCAGCGCCGCCCAACGGGAUCUGAUCAAAUUCUGGGAUUGGAAAAAGUUUGCUGUCCUGUAUGAGGAUAAUGAUGGUCUGAUCAGACUACAAAGCAUUCUAAAGCUGUCCUUUAAAGGGCGCGUUGCCAUAACGACAAGAAAAAUUAAUUUUCUGAAUCCAGAGAGCGUGAAAAACGUGCUGAAGGAUCUGAAGAAUACGGAGCACCAGAGAAUUAUCGUAGACUGUCACUACGACCGAGUGCAUGACAUCCUUAAAGAGGCCGCUGAGACGGAGGCACUUUCCGAGUAUUUCCACUACCAUUUUAUGACUUUGGACCUAGGGGUGACAGACAUUUCGGAAUUCUCCGAGUAUGGCGCCAACAUAACGGCACUGAGGCUGGUCAACCCUGAGCAUGGCGCGGUGAAGAACCUCACAGAGGAGUGGAAGCAACUCCAGUUCAACAUCCGGGGUAACAGAUCCCCUCUUAGGAAGGGUCAACUACAAAUCCCGACGGAGACAGCCUUGAUGCAUGAUGCUGUCUGGGUCCUAACAGAGGCAGCGCUUGCUCUGAAUGAGGCGAACCCCACGGCCCUGGCCUCCUACAGUCGGGCGUCCUGUGACAAGGCCGCACCCUGGGAAUUUGGGGCUGAUUUGCUGGGGUAUAUGAAAAGCGUCAAUGUUGAUGGUCUGAGUGGAACUAUACAGUUUGGACAGUACGGACAAAGAGAAAACUUUGAACUGGAGGUCGUGAAAUUUAGUCACGAAUUCAAGAAAGUUCAAAAGAUUGGUACGUGGAAUUCGUUGUCUUUCCUGAACAUUACUGACGACAACGAGAGCCUGUCUCAGCUCAAUAAAACACUCAAGGUGCUGACCGUUCUGGAAAUGCCUUAUGCUGGAAAGAAAAUUGAUGAAUAUGGUAACGUGAAGUAUGAGGGUUUCUGUAUUGACAUCCUUGACUAUAUUGCUGAGUCGAUGAAAUUCAAAUAUGAAAUUCAAGAGGAACCAACAUACGGCAAUUGCGACGAGAAGGAAUGUACUGGCAUGUAUCAGAAACUGAUUGAUAGGGAAGCAGACCUAGCUGUGGCGGGAAUCACCAUCACCUCGGCCCGCGAAAAAUUCGUCGACUUUACAAAGCCUUUCUGGAACCUGGGAAUCACGAUUCUCUUCCGGAAACCGAAGCCUAAACCGAUUCGACUGUUCUCGUUCUUGGACCCUUUCCACGAGGAUGUGUGGGUGUACAUGAUUGCUAUAUACCUGUGUGUGAGUUUUAUGUUCUUUGUCAUUGCCCGCCUGACGCCCUAUGAGUGGUGCAACCCCUAUCCUUGCAAUCAAGAGGAAGACAUAGUUGAGAACCAGUUUUCUGUUCUCAAUAGUAUGUGGCUAACGAUCGGAUCAAUUCUGCAGCAAGGUUGUGAGCUUGCUCCUAGGACCGUUUCGACCCGCAUGGUAGCCGGUGUCUGGUGGUUUUUUACCUUGAUAAUAAUUUCUUCGUACACCGCAAAUUUGGCCGCCUUUCUGACCGCCGGAAGAAUGCAGUCACCGAUAGAGAGCGCUGAGGAUCUGUCCAAGCAGACGGACAUCAAAUAUGGCACUUUACAGACAGGGUCAACUUACAGCUUCUUCCAGAACUCGAUUUUCCCAAUCUAUCAGAGAAUGUUUACGUUUAUGAAGAACCAGAAUCCGCCAGUGUUUGUGAAGAACUCUAAUGAGGGUGAGAAGCGCGUGCUACAGGGGGACUACGCCUAUUUUGCCGAAUCAACUACCGUGGAAUACAAAGUAGAGCGGAACUGUGAUCUGACCCAGAUAGGAAACUGGCUCAACUCGGUCGGAUACGGAAUUGCUUUGCCUAAAGGAUCCCCAUACAAAGACAAAAUCUCCCAGAGGAUUCUGUACCUACAGGACAAACAAGUCAUCAAACAGCUGUACAGCAAGUGGUGGACGAAAAUGUACAUCAACCAGACGUGUGACAACGAGAAGAAGGACCCGUCCAACGCCCUGUCCAUACAGAACCUGGGUGGGGUGUUCGUGGUGCUGGUCGGCGGCAUCGGCGUCAGUAUCGUCAUAGCUGUGUUUGAGUUCAUUUAUUACGCCUGGACAAAACGAGAUAUACCGUCACCAGGUCGGUGUAUCCUGACCAGGUAAAUUACAUGCUCACUCCGAGCUCCAAUGGCGGCCCUGACCCUGUUUCUGAUGACUCUGGGGACGGUAGCAGCCACUGAUAUACUAAUAGACGGAUUCUUUGACUCGGACGAUAAGGCGGCAGAACUGUCGUUUAGAUGGACCUGUCAGAACGUGAACCUGAGAGACAGCCCCAGUAACCGGACCACGCCCCUUCUACUCAUGUACACGGUCAACAGAGUGGGAAACAUGUCUGACAACACAGUCUGUCGAAGGAUUGAGGCAGGAACAAAGGUGCUGUUUGGUCCUAAGCCCGGAAUAACUGCCUCUUAUAUGAAGUCCGUCAGUAAAUACGUAGAAAUCCCGCUAAUUAAUAUUCAUCAUGAAAUCCCUUCCGGGUCACCGGAUCGUCAAGGGAUUGGCGUCAGUUUCUUCCCUCACUAUCUCGCCGUCAGUCGAGCACACCGGGAUCUCAUCAAGUUCUGGGGGUGGAAGAAAUUCGCCAUGCUUUAUGUAAACAAUGAUGGUCUAAUUCGACUCCAGGAAAUCUUUACUUUGUCCGUUUUGCCUGACGUCAAAAUCAAGCUACGUCAGAUUGACGUCAGGAAUCCCCAGAGCUUCCUUGAUCUGUUCACAGAAUUGAAGGAUGCUGGGGAAUACAGAAUUCUUGUAGACUGUCACGUGACCCACAUCCAUAUGUUACUAAAAAAGGCAAUGCAGGUUAAUGCACUGAAUGAAUACUUUCAUUUUCAUUUUACAAAUCUGGAUUUCAGUAUCGUGGAUUUUUCGCCGUUCAUGUAUUCCGGCGCCAACAUCACCGGGAUGAGGAUGGUUGACCUUGAAAAUCCCAAGGCCAUUGCAGUUGUAGACAGAUGGAAGAAAGAUCUUGAGAGGAGCUCCUUUAGUUUGUCUCCCAUCGGGCGCGAUCAAACUCAAGUGUCAAUGGGCGCUGCACUGAUGUAUGACGCCAUUAAAGUCCUUUACCGCGCCCUUGACCUUCUUACCACGAUGCGGAAUGUGGACUUUAAGCGGAAGGUCAGUUGUGACGAGGGGUACAACUCACUGCCCUGGUUCAACGGGAAAGCGCUGGUCAACGCUCUAAAAACGGUAACUUAUGAAGGACUGACGGGAAGAAUUCAGUUGGACAAGAAUGGAGAUCGACGGAACUUUACUCUUGACAUUGUGAAAGUCAGAGAAAAACAACUUUAUAAAAUUGGCAGAUGGCACUUCCGGCGGGGAGUAAAAAUCACAGACAAGUCCGAAUUUCUUAGUGAUGACAGAGGCAACGUGCUGACCAACAAAACGCUUUCUGUCGUCACAGUACUGGAAGCACCUUACGCUUUCAGGGUGACAGAAGGCAAUGGGACGGCACAGUAUGAAGGGUUCUGUAUUGACCUCUUGAACUCUGUGGCAGACAUAUUGGGCUUCAAAUAUAACAUUACACCGGAGCCAAGCGGUACCUAUGGCAACUGUGAUGGCGAGCAUUGUGAUGGAAUGGUCAAACAGCUUGUAGAAAGGAAAGCAGAUUUAGCGGUAGCUGGAAUGACAAUUACAUAUAGCCGCGAAGAAGUCAUAGACUUUACCAAACCUUUCUGGAACCUCGGUAUCACAAUUUUGUUCCGGAAGCCCAUGGCGCCCCCUGCCGAGCUGUUCAAGUUCCUGUCCCCCUUCACUUCCGAGUUGUGGGCCUACGUCCUCGCUGUGUAUAUCGUGGUCAGUGUUAUGAUGUUUGUGAUCGCUCGUUUAACGCCGUACGAGUGGGACAACCCCUAUCCAUGUGACGUCCACAACGAGGCUCUAGAAAACCAGUUCGGGAUAAUGAAUAGUUUAUGGUUUACCAUUGGAGCUUUGAUGCAACAAGGUUCAGAAAUUUCACCAAAAACAACAUCGACUCGUUUGGUGGCGGGUGUGUGGUGGUUUUUCACCCUGAUCAUGAUUUCGUCCUACACGGCCAAUAUGGCGGCAUUCCUCACCAUAGAACGAAUGGAAAACCCGAUCGGGAGCGCGGAGGACCUGUCGAACCAGAAUGAGAUCAAGUAUGGGACCCUAGAGUCAGGAAGUACGAGGGCUUUCUUUGCUGAAUCGAAAGCCCGACUGUAUAAGAAGAUGAACAACGCUAUGAGGACCGCCACACCCCCCGUGUUCGUGAAGUCCUCCAAUGAGGGCGAGCGACGGGUGAUGGAGGGCAAGUACGCUUACCUGGCUGAGUCCACCACGGUGGAGUAUAGGACGGCCCGGAACUGUGACCUCAUGCAGGUGGGCCAGCAACUGGACUCCAAGGGCUACGGCAUCGGCCUCCCCAGGGAUUCUCCUUACCGAGACAAACUCUCUAGUGCCAUCUUGCAUCUCCAAGAGGAGGGUGCUAUCCAGGCGAUGUAUGACAAAUGGUGGAAACAGAAGAACAUUGACAAGUUCUGUGACAACACUAAAACGCCCUCUACCAAGGCGCUGGAGCUCCGAAAUGUAGGGGGUGUCUUUGUACUCGUUCUGACCGGAACGUUCUGUGGAUUUGUAAUCGCUCUCAUUGAAUUUGUUUGCAAUGCCAGAAAAAUAUCUCGGAAAGGAGAGAGUACCCUGUGGUUUGAGAUUAAGCAGCAGUUGUACUUUGCUCUGAGAUGUUGUAAGUAUAGAAAGGUCCCUGUUACCGUGGCAUCAAUGGCGGACAUAGCAACAGAGGAGACGAGGACUACUCUCCUCCUGGAACCGACCAAUGAGAAGGGAGCCGCUCUAGGGGAUAAUGGCGAGGACACGUGUUUGGUGGAUCACGUGCACGGUAAAGACAUGUCUGUACAUCAGGCCGAGAAACAAAACACGUCACAGAGCAUUGGGAAAAAUGGCGAAAUCUCCAAUGUAGAAAAUUCUAGCGAAGUUUGAUAGUGCAAUAACACCGAAUCAUGUCACACGUGGAUUAAUACUGUGCAAUAUUACUCAGAAUGGAAAUUGUGAUGAUUUCUCGUAAAAUUUGCCUGAAAUAUUCUUAUACGUCCUAACUCCAUACGUCUUUGUGUAAAUGGAAUAUUUAUUCUUUAUAU